GACGUAAAGGGAAGGGGCGGAUUGUUGCUAGGAGGCGGAGGAGCGAGACGGAGACAGGCGUUGCGGGUUGUCCGGCAUCUUGGGGGGCUGAAGCAUGUGGAGGGACACGCUGCUGAAGGCAUGCUUGUGCAGACAUCACUGUAUGUUACUUCAGAGGACGAGGCGUGUCCCGCUGAUCCCGACCAUUGUUUUCAAGCAGCAACUUGGGUCGCAGCCCAUAAGCAAUGUUCAUCGCCGCGGCCUGUAUAAAAAGGUGCUGCUGGGUCUGGUGCUCUCUGCGCCACCUGCUGCUGGCGCUGUGUGGUACGUGUCUGACACGCAGGACCGCAGAAGGAUGAGGAUUCUGGUGGAAGGUGUUGGUCGCUUCUACAGGUCUGUUUACAUUGGGACAAAAAUUUCUACUGAUUACUGGUGGACCAUUAACGUUAAACUACAUGGAGUAGAUGAGGAUAGUCCAGACUUCAUUGCUGCCAUGUCUGCCUGUCACCAGCGAGCUGCAGACCUCAUUGUGGAAGGUGCCAUUAAGAAUGCUGGUCUGUACAUCAAGCUGGGACAGGGUCUGUGCUCCUUCAAUCACCUGCUCCCUCCAGAGUACAUCAAUUCCCUGCGUGUCCUCGAGGACAAGGCCAUCAACAGGAGGUACAUGGAGAUCGAUUCCUUGUUCCUUGAAGAUUUUCAAACCACCCCAGACAAAAUGUUCAAACACUUUGACCCAGAGCCGUUUGCAGCUGCCAGUCUUUCUCAAGUUCACAAGGCCGAACUGCACGACGGGACUGUUGUGGCAGUUAAAGUUCAGUUUAUUGAUCUACGGGACCGGUUUGAUGGAGAUAUUUUGACCUUGGAAUUCCUCUUGACCAUAAUUCAGCUAAUGCAUCCAAAGUUUGCUUUCAGCUGGGUCUUGCAGGACCUGAAGGGAACCUUGGCCCAGGAGUUGGACUUCGAGAACGAAGGCCGUAAUGCAGAGCGCUGUGCACGAGAUCUCAGUCACUUCAAAUUUAUCAUCAUUCCCAAGGUGUACUGGGAGCACACCAGUAAGCGGAUCUUGACUGCCGACUACUGUGAGGGCUGCAAAGUCACCAGCACUGAUGAAAUCAAACAACAGGGUUUGACAGUGAAAGACGUUGCAGACAAACUGGUGAGGACGUUUGCAGAGCAGUUAUUUUACACCGGCUUCAUCCACGCUGACCCCCACCCUGGGAACGUGUUGGUUCGAAAGGGUCCGGAUGGGAAAGCAGAACUGGUAUUGCUGGACCAUGGAUUGUAUGAAACCCUGAGUGCAAAGGAUCGGGUGAGCCUUUGCAAACUCUGGCGUUCUAUUGUCCUUCUGAAUGACGUGGCGAUGAAGAAGUACUCCGAAGAGCUAGGAGUCAAAGACUAUUUCCUGUUCUGCGAGAUCUUGAUGCAGCGGCCAAUCAACAUGAAGGAGACGGCCUUCCAUCUGGCCAACAUCCUGACCCAUGAGGAGAGGGCUUACAUGCAGGACAUGGCCAACCACCACUUUGACAGGAUCAUGCAGGUGUUAAAGGACUUGCCAAGGCCCAUGCUGCUCGUCUUCAGGAACAUCAACACCGUGCGCAGCAUCAACAUGGUUCUGGGCUUGCCCGUCGACCGAUACGUCCUCAUGGCCAAAAGCGCAGUCCAAGGCGGCAAACUGUUCUCCAGCGAGCAUAACAGGGGAUUAUGGGUUGUCGGCCCCCUCACGUGGAUGAAAAUGAAGUGGGCGAGGAUCCAUUUUGAGAUUAGUCUGAGGUCAGAAAGCCUCAUGAUGAAAGUUAUCUCGGUCAUCUUCCGCAUGCUUGCCUACUUUGGGCUAAUGACCCCUGAUGACGAGCUGUACAAUUACCUGGUGCAGUAGUGGCUGGAAUGCUCUGCUGUGGGAGAAUGCUGCCCAUCUCGCUGGGGGAGCUUCUUCCUUUCUUACCUCAUGACACAGAAGAGAUGCCAAGAUGCAGCUUUCCUCUUAGAUGGAGCUGUGGUGAGAACAGGAGUACUGGAACACACUGACGGUGAAGGAACAAUGGCCCAUGGUGAUGUGGCUGCACAGCACCUGGUGCAACUCUGCUGAUCUACACACACCAGCUGCCAGCACAGUUCAUGGGCCAAGUCUGGACAGACCAUAGACCAACGGUCGUGAAAAACAAUGAAUAAGGAGAGUUGAGCUUCUGUUAAGGAUCAGACUUUGGCCAAAUAAUAUCAAAGCUCACUCAGAUUCUUGAUUUCUCCCCAAAAACAGAUUGCCUGGUAAGAAAAUCCCAGAAACAAAGGCUCGGCCUCAAGUAUUAACCUUCAUCAUGUGUAGAGAAACAAUGUUUUUACUGCAAGUAUUUUGUUCAGUAAAGAUGUUUACUGAAGUUUA